AAUUGAUUCACCAUCGCCGACCUCAUGAAACAACAUAGACUGUCUCUCAAGGCCUUUUUGAAUGCUUGCUUCCCCUCGCAGAGCAAAUAUAUUCAGGGUAUUGUUCAAAGCUACUAUAGAGACAAUGGGCCUGCUGAAGCUAUCGAUCUCUGGCAAAAACAAAUAAUCCGUCCAAAUCACCGAGAGAGAACCGUUCCUGCCGCUGUCAAUUUUGCACUCGAGCAUAUCAAAGAUGAACUGGAACGAACCUCUCAAGACAAAGCCUUGCACUUUCCAGUGAAUGGUAUCACACAGGAAAAGAUCAAAGGUUGUUCAAAGGACCCGUCGAUAGCUGUACCUGUGAUUGCCAGUGUAUUUGCAUUUCUAUGUAACUGUAGAUGUAACUAUCUUCAGUUAAUGCUAGGACUGUAUCUGUUCA